GGAGAGGAAAGUCGUUUUGGCAAAACGACCGACUCAUCCAUGGUCGUAUUAGUCCUACACUUGCCUUGGCGGUAGAUUUCAACCGGCAAAGCAAAGGCAAUUGAAGCAAAACUAGCAGCAGUAAAGCGACAAUGGGAGUUCACGGUCUCUGGGAACUACUCGCCCCCGUCGGCCGCCGCGUCUCCGUCGAAACCCUCGCCGGAAAAACCCUCGCCGUCGACGCGAGCAUAUGGAUGGUGCAGUUCAUCAAGGCGAUGCGUGACGAGAAAGGUGAAAUGGUUCGCAACGCUCAUUUGCUAGGUUUCUUCCGUCGGAUUUGCAAGCUUCUGUUCCUCCGGACGAAGCCUGUUUUCGUCUUCGACGGCGGAACCCCCGCCUUGAAGCGACGCACCGUCAUCGCGCGUCGCAGGCAGCGGGAGAACGCCCAAGCCAAAGUCCGCAAGACUGCCGAGAAAUUGCUGCUCAAUCAUUUAAAGGCGAUGAGGUUGAAGGAACUGGCUAAUGAUAUUAAGCACCAGAGGCAGAAGCAGGAGAGUGAUGCUAAGGGUCAGAAAAAAUCUAGAGACAUGGACUUUGUUGGUAGCGAUUCAGGAAGAAGUCAUGUGAAAGAGAAAGAACUAGAUGAAAUUUUAUUUAGGUCUGUAGCUAAAUCUGCGGCCAAGGAAGACAGGAAUUUAUCACAGGCAGUAGCAUCGGCAAGUUGCAACUUGGAGGAGCUUGAUGAAAUGCUGGCUGCAUCUAUAGCUGCAGAGGAAAAUGGAAUGCUUGCCAGAAAAGGAGUGGCAUCUACCGUGAGUUAUCCCUCAGAGGGGGAAUGCGAUGCAGAUGAAGAGAUGAUUAUGCUUAAAGGAAAGAAAAUAGAAGGACAAGUGGAUGAAGUUGACAAACAGAAACCACAUGAGGUCAAUGACCGGGUCAAGGGUAAGGAGAUUCUGUUCAAUGAAACUGACAUGGUAGGAUGUAGCUCAAGAUGCGAUCAUGUGACAUCAAGGAGUCAUAAUCAAGAGAAAAUUGAUGAAAUGUUAGCUGCAACUAUUGCUAUGGAGGAAAAUUCAAAUUUAGUAAAUAAUGUAUCAACUUCUCUUGGGGCUUCCACAAUUGAGGACGAGGAUGGUGACUAUGGUGAUGAUGAAGAGAUGAUACUGCCAGCAAUGUACGGUGAAGUUGAUCCAGCUGUUUUGGCCUCUUUGCCUCCAUCAAUGCAACUGGACCUCCUUGUUCAGAUGAGAGAGCGAUUGAUUGCAGAGAACAGACAAAAGUAUCAGAAAGUCAAGAAGGAUCCUGCAAAAUUCUCUGAGCUACAAAUACAAGCUUACCUUAAAACUGUUGCUUUCCGACGUGAGAUAGAUGUAGUGCAGAAAGCUGCUACUGGAGGAGGAGUAGGGGGUGUACAGACUUCGCGAAUUGCAUCUGAAGCCAACCGAGAAUAUAUAUUCUCGUCAUCUUUUACUGGUGACAAACAAGAACUCACCUCCACUAGAAUAGAGAAAAAUAAUGAAGAUAAACAACAGAAGGCACAAGGAACAAGUUCUUCACGGAAUUUUGCAAAUAUCAUCACAGUAGGCAAUAAUUCUGGUACUUCAGUUGGAUUGGUUUCUGCUGAACCUGGAGAGCCUGUUGAUGAAAAUAUUGAGACAUAUCUAGAUGAGAGGGGUCGAUUUCGAGUAAGUAGAGUAAGAGCUAUGGGGAUGCGCAUGACUCGUGAUAUACAAAGAAAUUUGGAUUUAAUGAAGGAGAUUGAGCAGGAAAGGACAUAUGUCAAUAAUGCUGCGAACAUUGAAACUGUGCUAAAUAUAGAGAAUAGUGGUCCAUCAGAAAUUUCUGGGAUCCACAAUAUUGGUAAAUCACGAGAGGUAAAUGUUGACUUUGUUGGAGAGAAUGUGCAAAAUGAACAAUUAAUACUUGACAGGGAUACUUCGUUGGAGGUAUCCUUUGAAUACGAUUGCAAGAAUAAGUUUGUAAAUGGCGAGGAUGAUAUAUUUGCCAGUUUAGUAGGAGGAAAUCCAGUGGCACUCUUCUGUGCUGAUGCUACUACAGCAGAAGUGCAGUGUUCUGGUUCUGAUUCAGAUUGUGAUUGGGAAGGAGUUGUUGGAGGUAAGAAUACCACAUUUCCAAGUCAUAAUAAAGUGGAACUGAAAUCCUCUUCUGCAGACGAGGAUAAUAAUAAUGACAGUGAAGUAGAAUGGGAGGAAGGAUAUUGUGGUGGUGCUAAAAGCACCUCACUGUGUCCAGCUGAGUCAGGAAAAUUGGCAUCCCGAGGAUGCUUGCAGGAGGAGUCUGAUUUGCAGGAAGCAAUAAGGAGAAGCCUUGAGAAUACAUGGGACGGGAAUCUUAAUUGCAAAUCAACUGUAGAUGAGCAUUCAAAUGCUUAUGAGAGAAAAUUGGAUUCUGAAUUAGAACAUGAUGAUAAUUUUCGUUGCUCUGGCUCAACGGAUUUAAAUGAUAAUAGUAUGGGUGGUUCCCCUUUGCCUAUGAAGGGUAGUAUUGAAUCAAUUGAAUUUCAACAAACUGUAGAUGCAGAUAAAAAACAUGAUUGUGUGACUAGAAGUAACCCACAAACUUUCAAUUUUCAUGGAAGUCAGUCAAAGUCAUCUGGGACAUUUAAUUUGAAUAAGACAGAGAUAUUGAUUGACAAACCUCGCGGACUGGAUGGACACAUUUGUUCUGAAGAUUCAAUUUCAGAUGCAAAUGUAAUGAUGAAGGAUGAGGAUCCUGUGGUUGCAGAGCAAUCAUUGGAUAUACAUAAUGAUGAUGGUCAAGUGUCUUUCUACUGUAACAAGGUGUCCAAGGUUUGUCCACUUGGUGUGACUGAAGAGGAGAAAAGGAACCAUAUUAAUGAAUCUGAACUAUUGAGUAAUUCUACCAAGAGUCCAAAGCCUACUAUUCUUUUGAUGGGGUCAUCCUUGAAUAGAUCUACAGAAGACCUUGAUAUUGAGCCAAAAUUGCCUUCAGAAGACAAUGAUGGAAAUUUAUCUGAGGAAAGGAAUAAACUUGUCAUAGAUGCAAUGAACACGCCUGGAGUUUUUCCUGCACAAUUACCUGAGGUCCAAUUGGAGGAUGAAAUGGAAAUUCUUGGUCAAGAGUAUAUCAACCUUGAAAGUGAGCAGAGGAAGCUUGAGCGUAAUGCAGAAUCUGUUAAUAGUGAAUUAUUCACAGAAUGUCAGGAACUACUGCAAAUGUUUGGCUUGCCUUAUAUUAUUGCUCCAAUGGAAGCUGAAGCGCAGUGUGCUUACUUGGAACUCGCAAAUCUGGUUGAUGGUGUUGUAACUGAUGACUCUGAUGUCUUUUUAUUCGGGGCUCGUAGUGUUUAUAAGAAUAUUUUUGAUGACCGCAAAUAUGUAGAGACAUACUUCAUGGAGGACAUUGAAAAGGAGCUUGGAUUAACAAGAGAGAAGGUGAUUCACAUGGCACUACUUCUUGGGAGUGAUUAUACUGAAGGUGUAAGUGGGAUUGGCAUUGUUAAUGCUAUUGAGGUUUUAAAUGCGUUUCCUGAAGAAGAUGGCCUCCUCAAAUUCCGGCAGUGGGUUGAGUCACCAGAUCCCACAAUUCUUGGAAAGUUGGGAACAAAAAGUGGAUCCAAUACCAGAAAGAAAGGGUCCAAAGUUGAAGAAAAGAUAAAUAUCGAGUCUGCUUCAGACCAGAACAUCUCACAGGUUCAGGAGCAAAAGGAGCCGCCUGAUCACAUGCCAGAAAUAAUGCAAACUUUCAUGGAUAAGCAUAGAAAUAUUAGCAAGAAUUGGCAUAUACCUCCUUCUUUUCCAAGUGAAACGGUUAUAUCUGCUUACUGUUCUCCACAAGUUGACAAGUCAACUGAGCCGUUCACGUGGGGAAAACCAGAUCAUCUUGUUCUUCGCAAGAGUUCUCUUCCUCAACUGCUUAUUGUUUUAGCUAGGGGUGUGGUUACAUUCAGAAGAUUGUGCUGGGAGAAAUUUGGGUGGACCAGCCAGAAAGCUGAUGAAUUGCUAUUACCUGUUUUAAAAGAAUAUAACAAACAUGAGACUCAAUUGCGAUUGGAAGCAUUUUACAGUUUCAAUGAAAGAUUUGCAAAAAUUCGUAGCAAGAGAAUUAAGAAAGCAGUGAAAGGAAUUACUGGUAAGCAGCCUUCAGAUUUGAUAGAUGGUUCUGCAGAAAACUUGUCGAAGAGUAGAAAGAGUGGGACAGGAAAUCCUGUUGAAGCUGAGGAUAACAAAUUUGAGACUUCAAAGGUAACAGAAGAAAGUCUUGCGGGUCGGAAGAAAUCAAAAGUGAAAGAGUCAAUGAAAAGGAAGAAUGAUGGGAAUACAGCAGCUAAGGCACAGUCAAAGAAAAAGAAAAUCUAUGAUGAUCCUUUAUCAGCACCUGGUACAUCUGAGGUGUCAAAUUUACAGUCAUGUGUACAAACCAAAGAAGGUCGAUGUCAUAAGGAAUUGGUUCCUAAUAGAAGUGGCAGAGGAAGAGGAAGAGGCAGAGGUGGAAGUGUAGGAGUAAAAGGAGGAAAGCGAAAGGGAAGUCUCAUUUUUGAAACAUGUGAAACUGAAACAUCAUCUAGUAGCACUGACAUUGAUGAUCAUGGGCCAAGAGCGCAAGUUGAUGUAUCACAAGUUCCAGAAGUUGUGCGAAGGUCAACACGAUCACGGAAACCUGUCAACUAUUUAAAGGACCUUGAAGUUGAAGAUGGUGUUGAUUCAUUUGAUCAGAGCAAUCAGACAUGCUCGUUUGACGAGCCAGCAGAAAAAUUAUUUCACAAUCAUGGUGAAUGUGGAGAUGGUGCAACUGAUUUCAGCAAUGGGAAAGAAAGCAGUCUAGUAGAUCUUCCUCUAAAGGAGAACACACCUAGAGAUUAUCUGGAGUCAGAAGGUCGGUUUUGCAUGGAUGCUGGUGAAAGUAGUCCCCCAGGGACUAGCAACCGUGAUAGUUCGUUUGAUCCUGGCCCUUCUGAUGACUACCUUAAAGUGGGAGGUGGAUUCUGUUUAGAUGAUAGUGAGACAGGUAACAAUGAUGAUGCAAUUGAUAAUACAAACACUGCUACAGACGAUUAUACUGCAGAGUUCCGACACAGUUCUGAAUUUGUGGAUGAAACUGACUCUGAUAAAAAUAGUUCUGAUAAAUUGUUUUCUGGUGCUGAAAAAGCUGAAAAUGAGGUAGAAGAUGGAACGACUCAUCGUAAAUCCAAUGAAAAGCCAAGUGACCACCUUGAAAAUGCUAGUAGUUAUAAUCAUUCUAACAUAGGGGCCUUGAUACCAGAGAAUGCUCAACACAUCAGUGAGACCUCUACGGGAGCUUUCAGUGCUAUGCCUUUUUUGAGGAAAAGAAAGAAGAACUGAAGCAUUCCUGACUUUAGAUGGAUGUCACAGGUUUGUGUGUAUUUGUCAAUUCAUCCAGCUACGGGAGCUUUCAGUGCUAUGCCUUUCAAUUUCGGAUGCUGCUUAUAUCAUUUGUACUAUAAAGAUGUUAUAUGAGCUAUAAUGUCGAUCAAGUUGUUGAGACAUUAUGUCUUUAUUGAUACUUGAUUUUUUCCUGGUUUCCUUAGCAGACCUUAAUUCCUAAAUUUAAAGGAUUUGAUUCUAUUAACUUUGUAUAUAAGUAGUGUACAAACUACUCUUGGAAAUUUAUACAGAAAACGUUUUAAA